ACGUAGAGGUACUUGAUUUCCAUGCAAUAGUGGGAAAAAAUGCAAGAUUAAAAAACACAACUAAAGCGUUGCCUUUUAACACGUCUGCGACUGAUGACCACUAUUUUUUUCCUUUUCUAUUUCAAUUCGUUCUUUAUGCGUUUUUUUAUUAAAAAAACCUUUGCAGGCAAACCUUUAAAUCUUCAAAUCUUGCAACUGAACGGCUUCACUUUGGGAAACGGUUGGUCGGAGCCCCAUCCAUUGCCUUGCCCACCCCAGCAUUCCAAACGUUUCAGCUCUAUCAACUGCUCUGAGCUACCUGAAUGUUUAACUCUAACAGAGGAGUAGCUACUCUGAGAAAUCUUUUCUUGGAUUUGUAUGAAGAAUGAAAAACACAGCUAAGAUUAAAGAGAAAGACAGACAAAUGAGUGAAGUAGGGGAUUUGAUCUCUGGGGAAUUGGGUGUUUUGGGCGCUCCUCAUUCUCAGAAUACCUUUUUCUUCCCCAACGAAAGAGGAUACAAAAACGCAUAUGUCAAUUCGAACUCUAACUUCAGUUACUCUCACAACUCUCUUACAUCCAGUGUGGAUGCUUUUCCGGACUCGCAUGGGGGAAUUCUAGUCCCUGCGCCUUCGCGACCCAAUCCUUUUCCCACUGGUAAUGCAAAUUUGCUGUAUUCACAAAAGCGAGACGGAGAUGGCUCUGGCUCUAACUCUGCUGCUUCUGCUUCGUUUCUCUCUCAUCUGCCUGCCCAACAAAGAUUAAAAGGGAGCAAGGAGAUCAUUAUGAAGAAGAAAAGAGGGAGGCCUAGAAAAUACGGGAAUGAUCUUCUCUCAUCGCCUCCGCUCUCCAAUAAACUCGAACGAGGGAUGAAGAAAGCUCAGAUGGCAGCACUCGGAGGUGCUGGACGGGGAUUUACCACCCACAUUUUACAUGUUGCAACAGGGGAAGAUGUGUCUGAGAAAAUAUUGGCUUUAUUGCAACAUGGACCUGGGGUAGUUUGUGUGCUCUCUGCUAAAGGUGCAAUUGAAAAUGUAACCCUUACUAAGAAAACAUUGGAGGGACACUAUGAAAUUCAUUCUUUGUCUGGCUCUUUUCAAAGUACCGAAGAUGAUGAAAGGCCUAUUGGUGGUCUUAGUGUUUGUUUUUCUGGGCCAGAUGGGAUUAUUAUGGGUGGUGCAGUGCCAGGUUGUCUUAUGGCCGCAAGUCCUGUACAGGUAAUAGUUGGUACUUUUGUAGUGAAUGACAAAAAAGGCAUUGUACGGAAUGGAAAUGGUGAUAUUUUCAGUGGUACCAUGUCAUCACCUAUCCCAGAGUUGCCACCACCUCGAGCUGGUUUACUGUCAACUGAAGUAUUCGGUAAGUCUAGGGCAGGCUUAAAAGGCUACAGUGAUAAAAAUACCAACAGCCAUAGUUUUCCCCAGCAGAUUCAGGUGUUGAGCACAAUGUCUUCAAACCCAAUCGAUUGGAUGCACGCUGAAUUUGAAGCUCAGAUGAGAUCCAAUCCCAAGUUAAGAAUAGCAGAGAUGAAAAUGAAGUUGAAUACAUCUCAUGCAGGAGCAGCAGACAUCAGAAGCCUCAAGGAUAAAGUUGAAGGUGAAGAUGAAGUUCAUACAGAGUGAUCAUGUUGUGAUCAUGUUGUGAUCAUGUUCAUGUUGUGAUCUAACUUUUUAAUUCAAACUAAAGAGUACAUGACACGUGACCUUUUUUAAGAGAUUUGGGCUACAUUGUUUCGAUUUAUUCUUCGUUUUUAUAGUUUGUAAAUCAUAGCUAUCCCUUUCCAUAGCUAUCUCUUUUCCUUGUAAUUCUUUUAUUAAUAGUACUUGUACUUGAUAUCUUGUAAA